AUGCCACCAUGCCUGGGCAACACAGUAGAGCAGGCCCUGAAGGUGUCCGUGUGGGAGAACCACCCCUUAGGACAUGAAAGCAGAAUUGGUUCAACCCCAUGCUCAUCACUGCAUGGGGUAAACAGGCCAGGGCAAUGCAGGAGAGGUCACUCUGGUGGUGAGGAAGAGGGACAGCGGCCAAGACCAAAUUUCAUCUGUAGCCCAACUGGUGAACUCACUGGGCUUAGAAACCAUGGACACACAGCCCUGGUUAAACUGAGUCAUCAAACAAAAACGAGACAUGAACAAGGAACAAGAACAGAAUGGAAAGAGGGUGAGUGGGUGACAGGGUGGGAGGGAGGUAUGGUGAGAUUGGCAAGCAACACGGAACCCAAAAACCUAACAUUUGUGUUACAAUUCCUACUUCUGGGAUUUACAGAUGACCCAGAACUCCAGUCUCUCAUCUUCAGCCUCUUCUUGUUCAUAAUCUUGGUCACCAUCCUGGGAAACCUGCUCAUAAUUCUAGUUAUAAGCUUUGAGUCCCACCUCCAUACACCCAUGUACUUCUUCCUCUCUAACCUGUCCUUUAAUGACAUCUGUUGCUGCACAGUCACAGUCAUCAAGAUGCUGGUGAACAUCCAAGCAAAUGAUCAGAGCAUCACCUACACAGCCUGCCUCACACAGCUCUUCUCUGCACUAGUUUUUGCAUACUUUGAAAAUUUUAUCCUUGCAGUGAUGGCCUAUGACCGCUACGUAGCUAUUUGUCACCCCUUGAGGUAUACUAUCAUUAUGAAACCUAACUUAUGUGUUCUGCUCUCACUGAUUUCUCUGUUCAUUAGUAUUAUUGGUGCCUUGAUGCACACUUUGAUGGUACAGCGGCUGUCCUUCUGCACAAAUCUGGAAAUCCCCCACUUCUGUGAACUUGUUCAGGUCAUCAAACUAUCCUGUUCUGACACCCUCAUUGAUCACAUCAUGCUAUUUGUUGCAACUUGUGUAUUUGGUGGUGUUUCUCUUUGUGGGAUCAUUUAUUCUUAUUAUCAUAUUGUGUCUACAGUCUUGAGAAUAGCAUCACUGGAGGGAAAGUGCAAAGCCUUUUCUCCAUGUGGGACUCACUUGUCAGUGGUUUCCUUAUUUUAUGGGGCUGGUUCUAUUGUAUCUAUCAGCUCUGCCCUGAGCGCCUUACCAAAAAAAUCUGCAGUGGCUUCAGUGAUGUAUUCUGUGUUUCCUCAAAUGAUAAACCCUUUUAUCUACAGCUUAAGGAACAAUGACAUGAAAAUUGCCAUAAGAAAUCUUUUAAGUUCAGUUAUGUCACUUGAAUAA